AAGCUCAUUUCAAGGGGAAAAAAAAAGGGAAAACGCGAUGGGAAACAGAUAGAAAGUGAAAUCGAUUUUCUGCUUCUCUAGCAUCUCCGAGAGCGAGAGAGAGCGAUAGAGGGAAAGAGAGAGGGAGAGAAUGGUGUCGUACGUGAGCGCGUUGUUGUACGGAGCCGGAGGCAUAGUUGUAGCGGGAGUGGCGCUGCUCGUGGCGUUUCAGGAGAGGCUCGUCUACGUUCCGGUGCUUCCGGGUCUCACCAAGUCCUACCCUAUCACUCCCGCUAGGCUCCGACUCAUCUACGAGGAUGUCUGGCUUCUAUCCUCCGAUGGCGUUCGCCUCCACGCCUGGUUCAUCAAGUUCUUCCCCGAUUGCCGAGGUCCAACUGUUCUGUUCUUCCAGGAGAAUGCCGGAAAUAUCGCUCACCGUCUAGAAAUGGUCCGGAUUAUGAUACAAAACUUGAGAUGCAAUGUGUUCAUGCUUUCAUAUCGAGGUUACGGGGCAAGUGAUGGCUAUCCUUCACAACAUGGAAUCACAAAGGAUGCUCAGGCUGCACUGGAUCACCUGUGUCAAAGGACUGACAUUGAUACAUCUAGGAUAGUUGUGUUUGGGAGAUCACUUGGGGGAGCUGUUGGGACAGUGCUUACCAAAAACAAUCCGGACAAGGUUGCUGCGCUGAUUCUGGAAAAUACUUUCACAUCUAUUCUUGAUAUGGCUGGUGUAUUGUUGCCCUUCUUGAAGUGGUUUAUUGGAGGAAGUGGUUCGAAAAGCCUGAAACUUCUUAAUUUUGUUGUUCGGUCUCCUUGGAGUACGAUUGAUGUCAUCGGUGAGGUGAAACAGCCAAUACUCUUCCUCUCUGGCCUUCAAGAUGAGAUGGUUCCACCAUUUCACAUGAAAAUGCUGUAUGCCAAAGCUGCCGCACGCACCGCUCAGCGCAGCUUCGUGGAGUUUCCUACUGGGAUGCACAUGGACACAUGGCUGUCUGGUGGUGACAUUUACUGGAAAACGAUCGUGCAGUACCUUGAAAAAUAUGUUCCCGAGGCAAAUGAAGAGAAAUCAAUCGAAAACGAUAAAGGAAGGUGACAAUCUGACAUGCAGAAUCUAGAAGAGACUUAGCUUCACUUGCCUUUCCACUGCAACCGGAAACGAUGUAUAUGCAUAUAUGUAUACGCGUGUAUAUUGCUUUCUGGAGUUGCAGCUACAACGCAAGGGAACUUUUCUGGUGUUGUGAGCAAGAACUGGCCGGUUUCUCCAUUGAUGGCAACCCUCUUUAGAUGAGACUAUUCAUUUGUAUUAUGUAGAUGGUUGAGUUGAGACCAAGUGUGAAGAUUUGGUUACAUGAUUACAUCACAAAUCGGUUCCAUAAACUAAAACUAUCCAUAGAAUUGGAUUCUCAUUA